CAGAACUCACUCUCAGCUGAUCAUAGGAGCAUGGAACACACGCUCAGCUGAUCAUAAGAGCACGGAACACACUCUCAGCUGAUCAUAAGAGCACAGAACACAUGCACUCUCAGCUGAUCAUAGGAGCACGGAACACACGUUUAGCUGAUCAUAAGAGCACGGAACACACUCUCAGCUGAUCAUAGGAGCACGGAACACACUCUCAGCUGAUCAUAGGAGCACGGAACACACUCUCAGCUGAUCAUAAGAGCACGGAACAUACACUCAGCUGAUCAUAAGAGCACGGAACACACACUCAGCUGAUCAUAGGAGCACGGAACACACUCUCAGCUGAUCAUAGGAGCACGGAACACACACUCAGCUGAUCAUAAGAGCACGGAACACACACUCAGCUGAUCAUAGGAGCAGAGAAGGCAGCAGACACAGUGGCAGAAGCCAGGGCAACCCCACCCAGAAUGUGAAGUGCACCACAUCGCCGCGGAGAUGGCUUUGCCAUGGUUAUGGUCUCGGUUGCUAUGGGCCGUCGCCACAACGCUGGUGGGUGGGCGGAUGGCAUGGGCGGAGCCUGGCGUGAACAUCACGCUCCUCUUCCACAGCGUAUCCCAUAGCAACAGCCUGCGCAGCUGCCGCUGUGGGCAGCCGGUGUCCGACUGCGAUGAGGCGCUCGCCAACCUGAAGUGCAGCUGCCAAACGCUGACCCCUGCUGGACCACGCCAGAAUUACGCCUCCCGAGGGACACUGAGUGUGUGGGUGCGUGACCCAUGGCUGCUGUGGGACUGGCUGAGUGGUGUGGAGGUGUGGGACCUGCGUGUGUGUGUGUGCUCCCCCCCCCCCUGCUCUCCCCCCCCCCUGCUGCUGCUGGGGCUGCGCCGCCUGAACUUGCUCCCCUACGGCCACCAGGGGGAGCCCUGGCGCCAGCAGAGCCUCCUGCUGCAGCCCCACGCCCCUGCUGAGCCCCACUCCCACCACCAGGGGGAGCCCCAUCUGGUGCUGCUGGACGCCGCCGCACUCAUCGGAGAGAGCGCGCUCAGAUCGUACAGCGUCAUCACCAGCGCUGCUGACACACACGCACACACACAUGAGCUCACACACACACUUACACAGCACUUUCAGCAGCUCACGCUGCCACACACACACACCUCCGACACACAGCGGCUCUGCCUGCUCACGUUUGUAUACUAGCACAGCGUUUUUCAACCUUUUUUGUGCCACGGCACACUUUUGACACUUAAAAUGUCCCACGGCACACUAACAUCCUGUGUGAAGAAAAAAUAAACAUACCAUAGCCUAAAAUUUCAAAUAAUACACAGA